UAAGAGUGAACAGAGAAGGACUGCACGCUACACAAAUUGCUUUGAAAUUUAAGAACAAAAGAAAUUUGACAAACGCGUGGAGACCAUUAAGUCCAUCAGACUCGUCUGGCAAAAAUAAUCCAGAGACCGGCAUAAUGAAGAUGAUCAUAUGCCUACUGGCCCUGGCACUCAUGUGUUUGGAUGAAACCGGUGCUCACGGACAUAAAGACAGAUAUAUGCCGUAUGUUAUGCAGUACGUUAAUAGAGGAACUCUGAGCUGCACAUCAGUGAACACUCGAGGAACGUCUGCAACCUGCCCAACAGGUUACAGUCCGACUGGCUGCUCCUGUGGGAACGGCUGUGGAUCGUGGGACAUUCAGAAUGAGAUGACCUGCCAUUGUCAGUGCUCUCAAUUAGACUGGACGACUGCCCGCUGCUGCAAGCUAAAUUUUUACUAGAAUGGUGACAUCUGAAUAUAUGCAACGCCAAGAAAUUCCUUCUGUUUCCUUACUUCUUGUUAUGAGUGAAAAUUCAAUCAUUUAAAUCCUGCAUCAUAAAAAAAA